CUAUGAAUUAGGAGGCCUGUGGCGCAGCCCCCGCUGGUGCCUCGUACAGCUCAGCCCAGAUAGCGCCUGUGACUCGCCCCCACCGCUGCCCUGGCUGGGGGCUGGGUUACUGUGUGUAUCAGCCUCACCUGCCCCUCCCAGCCCGCCUUCCCCCGGGGCCAUGGUGCCAUCGCCACGGCCCCGGGCCAGCUACAGCCUGACGGGGGUGACCCCGGCCAGCACGGUGCUGGUGUACCGCAACGGGGACCCCUUCUUUUUGGGCAGGAAAUUCGUGAUCCACGAUCGCUACGUGAGGACUUUCGAGGCGCUGAUAGCCCAGCUGAAUGAAGGGGUGGAGGUGCCCUUUGGGGUGAGGACUCUAUACACCCCCCAGGAAGGGCACCGCGUCCGCAACCUGUCCGACCUAAAACAGGGCGGGAAAUACGUGGCCGCUGGGCGGGAAAGGUUUAAAAAACUGGAUUAUAUUCAUAUAGGCAUAAAAAAACCACAAAGACGAAAGAAGGUAGUGGUGAUUAAACCAGUAGUUCAUAGUAAAAUACGUGUGCCUUCCAGGUGGCAAUUGAUCAGUAAUAAGCCACGUAAUAUCAAUGUUUUCACAAAUGGAGAUAUGCUUAUACCACCUAUAAAAUUUAUCAUACCCAGGUUUACUCUGAAAAACUGGAAUUGCGUCCUUGCACUAAUAAAUGAAAAAAUCUUUCCUCGCUCCGGUGGUGUUCAUAGGCUGUACACAUUGGAUGGUCAUGCUGUACGUAACUCAGAUGGCUUAGAAGAUAAUCAUUAUUAUGUUGCAGUGGGCAAAGAGAAGUUUAAAUCUUUGCCAUACUGGCGUUCUUCCAGAGUUUCACCAGAAGUUCAGCGAUAUGGUGAGUCUCCAAAAAGGCCCAGAAAGAAAAAGGCAAGAUCAGAGAAACACAGUGCAAGUCAACCUUCAUGCAAACAUUCAGCAAAAUCACAAAAAAGUCCCAAACCAGCAGAUGGAAAAGCACCCUCAGUUUUUUAUGCCAAAGAAAGCAAAGAAGUCAAGAAGGCAAGACCUGAAAGGACUACACCCCUGGGAUCUGAUAAGGCACCAAGUAUUUUUAAAGCUGGUAAACCCCGAGGAGAAGUUCAAGGGGCAGCAGAGGUACAAGAAGACAAAAAUCUGAAAGUGGAGAUGCCUAUCGAUCAGGUUCCAGCUCAGAUUGUUCAAGAAGAAGAAAUUGUGGCACCUUCCAGUACUCCUGCUGAUGAGGUUGAGGAAGGUGGCAGUCCCUAUGAGGAUAUUGAGAAAAAGGAAAAGAAGAAAGAAUGGAGCUUCAAAAAUAUGUUUGGAUUCUUUCUCAAAAAGCCUGGAGAAGACAAAACGGGAGAAUCCGAACAAAACCAGCCUGCGGAGGAACCCCUUCCAGAACAAAUUAAUGAAAAAAAAGGAACAUAAAGAGAUGAUUUCAAAUGUCAUGUCAUGUGCUAUAGAGGAUUUUAAUGUUGCAGGCCAGGAUGUAGUUUGCAACUCAUGAAAUAUCAUGUUUACUACAGGGGACUAUCUUCCACACCAUCAGUUAAGACAGUUCCUCAUAAAGAAACAAACAAUAAAUUCCUCCAUCUUUCUUGCACAAUUAGAAGUGUAAACCUUUAGUGAGUGGUUAUGUGAUCUUUACUCAUUCAUUGGGUAUGUAUACAUGCUUCCCAUUAAGCCUUGGCUAGUACAUUUGAGAAUGAAGGAGUUUAAUUAGUGACUGCCAAGUACUGUAAUCUUUACUAUACAUGUUGUUGAUGAUUAAUUCUUUUUGUAAUUUUCUGAUGAGUUAUUUCUCUGUUUGUGCCUAAUCAGCAGGCAUACUGUGAAAUAUAAUUGCACUUGCAAGAAAAUUACUGUCUCAUGAGAUGAAUACGUUUGAUGAUUAAAUUAGGUAGAAUAAAGUAAUAACAGUCACAUACUCAAGCAGAAUGACAUGCGGAUACUUUGCUGUGGUUUGAUGACCUUUAUAAAAAACAGAAUAGCAUUUUAGAAAUAAUCCAAUCUAUUUCAAGUCAGUCCCAACAUAACAAGGAAAUGUAAAGAAUCCUCAAUCAGCUAUAUGCUUUUGGAAAAUGAAGGAAUUUCCCCUUAGUUAAAUUAAAAAUACCAGCCUUGAUUUGAGGUCAACAUGACAUAAAUCACUGAGGUAGCAAAAAAUUCUCAAACCUGAUAAGAAAACAUAUUUGCUGCUAAAUUUAAUUACUAAACUUGAUCAGAAAUGUGCUUACAGCUUAGCAUUCAUAUCAGCAAGAGACAGACUUCUGUGCAAACAAAAUGAAAUAUCUGUUGUUUCCUGCAUAUAAAAUAAAUCCUUUCCUACCCACAUUUCCCCUAAUGAUAAGCACCAGUUUUUAGCCAUAUCUUUGCACAAUGUAGUAUACAUGAAUUCGUAACUGUUCUUCCAUGAAAUACAAAUGUUUGAUGUAGGGCCAGCACAAUUCUGAUUGAGAACUAACAUGCAGGAGAUGAAAGAUUUGGAACAACUUUGGCAAUAUUAUUCCUUGAGCUGUCUGUGAGUAAGGCCCUGAUUCAGGACAGUACUUCAGCAAAUGCUCAUGUGCUGUCCUGAACCAUGCUUUCCUGAAUCAGGGCCUAUAUGCUUGGUGUUUGGAGAACAGAGUGAGAGAGCAUGUAUUAUGUAUUCACACCCAGAAGGAAAAAACAAAUUUAUGGCAUCCUUGAAUCUCAGAUUUGUUUCUGGUGUGAUGGGAUGUACAAACUCUGCACUAGAAUUGAAGGGGUUAAAGAGCAACUCCAGGCCCAGACGACCCCAUCCAGCCACACCUGCAGAACAUGCUCCAGCUGGAGGUGGAGCUAAACAGCUCAGAAAGAGGCUGACAAGGAAGGGAGAAGGAGCUGCCCUGAGAACUCCUAGGCAAGGGUGCUGCAGAAACCAUCUCCUGGAGGAGAGGAUCCUACCUGCUGAGCCCAGAUGGACUGAAGGUUCAAUCAGCACCUUGUUCUGUUACUGUUUUGGGACAAAAUGCAGGACUUGGACAACAGCGUGAGUGGUAGGAAGUGGCCUGGGGACAGCCUUAAGGUGCUCCUGGGUACUGGACAUUUAGUAACCUUUAUAGGGCCCUGGGCUGGAGCCUGAUUGAGUGCGAGGGUCCAGGCUCCCCUACCAACCCUCUCCCAAGUCUCAUUAAAAAGGGCCCAAAGCCCCUUACAUUCUAGACUCUAUCCUGGUGGGGAGGAGGGGAAGGAUAAAUGUCUUUUGAAACCCAUAGCUGGGGUUGUAUUCUUGGGGGGGGAGUCAAUAACCAAGCCCCUAUCUUCCCAGGUACUCUGCCACACUGGGAAGAGAUAGGAUUGAGUGGAUAACUCGACCAGAGGGUUGACUCCAUCCCAAACAAAGACAAAGACAGACUGGCACCAGAUGUGAAUAUGAUCCAGGGGGAAGACUAGGAAUGUGGCGACUAAAGGUCCGACCCCCCCCUAACUACUAGCCAAGGCUUCCAGUGAGCACCUGGCCAUCACACUGGGAUUCUAAUGGAAGGAGAGAGUAUCAGUGCAAUACUGAGGGCUGUGAACUGCCAUUUUUUUAUGUCCAAAGGGCAGUUCAAACUCCAGAGUGAAAACCCUACGAUGGCUAGGCUGCUGGUGUGCUGAGACUACUGCCCAUCAUGCUGACCCAAUAUUGUCAUCUUGUUCCCUGUCAGUCUUUUUGUAUCCAUAUAUUGU